UUCCCGCAGUACAGGUACCAUUAGCAUUGAAGAUACAUAUUGAAGAUUGAUGCCAUGUUCUUUGGAGGAGCUACGUUUGCUAUAUCGUGCUGGUGGAUUGGGUUUUUUCCCGCCAGCCUGCCGAAUUUAGAGAGAUUACAGACAUGCAUGCAGAAUGCCCUUGGGUCCUCUCCUCAAGUCCAACUGGAACCGUUUAUCAACUGGGCGACAAUUGUUAGACGGGAUCACGUGCUUGUCAUAAAACCUACAACAAACGCAGAGGUACGUAAGGUUAUCAGAGCGGCCAUACGCUUCAACCGCAAAAUCCGUGUGGCUGGUGCGUCGGCUCUUUCAUGGUCGGAACUCUUCCCGGAUGAAGGACAGAUUCUUCUGGACCUUGCUCUCCUCACUCUGGAGGGUGGACAGCGGGCGAUCUUCAACCCUCCGGCAGCCGAAAGACCAUAUUCAACAGUGACUGUCGCUGGUGGAGUGAGGCAAGACGAACUGGACUUGUUUCUACUGAAUGUAGGUCACGCAAUGGCCAGUGGACCACAACCUAAAGGCGUCACUAUUGCAGGGGCCAUUGGAACCGCCUCUCAUGGAGGAAGCUAUACCGAGCCUAGUAUUGGUGGCUACCUAGAGUCCGUGAGGGUGUAUGACGCCCGUGGGAGACAGAAGUACUUCACGGCCUCCGCGAACCCGGCCGUCCUACGUGCAAUGCGCUCCCACCUGGGAUUGCUGGGUGUCAUUGUCGAAGUGGAAAUGAAGGUAGAACCACUUCAAAUGGUGUCGAUGUUCACGGCGUUUGUCCCCUUGGCUCAGAUGCUUAACGCUACCUUUGUUAACCAAAUUGUCACAAGUAAUUACUACGUGGAGGCACGCUGGGCGACGUACAAUUCCUUGACGGAAGAAGAGGUCCAACAGACGAACGCCAGUGGGAAAGUGCCGACCUCGUGGACCAGUGCGGCGGACCUUGUGUGGCUGAGUUUUAUCAAUCCGAAUGGAACUGCUCCUGACCUUGACCUUGAUUUCAAUGUGACAUAUGACUUGAAUGUGACCUCGAUUUCAUUUGGGCAGAAUAUAUUUGCUUUCCUCGCAACGGAAGGCUUUAUUGCUGAUCCUAUCGUCCUUCCAAAACCGUUCGCCAUUCACCCAUUGAAUGCGACCAACAUACCGCCUGUCUCUGCAAUGGAGUAUACUAUUCCAGAAAUGCCGCAGUUCUUAAGUACGGUGACAGCGCUGCAGGUAGUUGCCGCUUCAAUAGAGGGCGCGUCCUACGCUAAUGGCAUCUUGCCACUAGGGAUUGUAGAAAUGCGCUGGAUCAAGGGAACGGACUGUACUCUCUGUCCUGGUAAGGCAGAUGUGUGUGGAUUUCCCAGCGACUCUCACUACCUGACCAUGGAGAUACAGGGACUGGUACAACCGACCGAGGCGUUUGAAGGGUACAAAGUGUUUGCUAACACGGUCUUCACUCAGCUUGACCAGAUAGGCCUGGAAGGGAUGCCUCAUUGGGCCAAGAUGGCGGAAUCAAUUCCUUCGCUUAAAUCCAAACUAAAUAACCUCGCUAAUCGUCAGUGUACACGCGAAUUCUUACGAGUACGAGCUGAAAUGGACAUUUUGGGAUGGCGAUUUUCUAACCGUUUCCUCCGACGCAUCUUACCUGGAAAUAUAUUUGCGGGAUUUUUUGGUUAACGAGGCAUUUUGGUACUUGAUUUGAGCAUUGGCUCGUGUAUUGUGCACCGUUUGUCACAUUCAGCGUAGCAUUCGACAUACUGUAGUCACGUCUACCGCAAUUGUUAAUAGAUCAUUCUUAUUGCGGUCACCUCUGUCAGAUUUGCAACGUUGUAGAGCGAAGUGUUAAUGAGACUAUUUAGAACUCCCAUACUAAACUGAAUAUAUAAUAACAUAUAAACGGAACAAAUUCACCCUGUUGCACCUCUGUAAAACCUUUGCAACCCAAAUACAGAAGCCUCUGCAUAUUUUCUAUUCCA